GCUGUGUUUUGUUGUUCCGCGCCCACGACCCGCUGUGACAGGUGAGCGGAACCGGGUCGGACCCGCUGACUUGACUGACUGACGUUCGCGUGACGAAGGCGGGGAGGAAGAAACGCUCGAUGUGUUUCUCUUCCACUAAAAUGAAAGCGCAGCUCGGGUUUGUUUCCAAACGAGUUGCUAUAAACGAGGCUCCUCACAACUCGCUGCUCAGCUGACGAGGAACCAGACAAACCUGCGAGAUGGCUGACAAAAUCAUCGUUUUCAUUGACCUGGAGGCCACUGGAUUAGAUACAUCACAAUGUGACAUCAUCCAACUGGCUGCUGUCUGUGAGGAGAAGGUCUUCAAUAAAUUUGCUGUCCCUCAUCAACACAUGACUGACAGCGCCAAAGAGGUCACAGGCUUCAGAGUGCGUUCCGGCCGCCUGUUCCGCCGCGGGUCUCUCGUGGAAACCGUCCCAAUCGUUGACCUUCUGACCUCCUUCAUCGACUUCCUGCGCUCUUUCCGAGACCCCGUAGUGCUGGCGGCCCACAGUGUGAUGCGUUUCGACGCGCCCGUGCUCACCAGAGUGAUGAAGAAACACCACCUGUUCCCUCAGUUCCAGGAGGUGGUGUCGGGCUUCCUGGACACCUUCCUGCUCAGCAAGAGACUCUUCCCGAACAUCAGGGGCUAUUCACAGGUGUCUUUAGUCAGUAACUUUCUGGGGAAGUCCUACGAUGCUCACAAUGCAGAGGAGGACGCCAAGAUGCUGCAGGAGCUGUAUAAGGUGUGGAGACCUGAUGAGUCCAAGGUUGUGGCAAAUACUUUUAAAGUAAAUGAAAAGUACUUUUACUAAAGGAAAAGUCUAAUAACCAACCGAUAUAUCAACAGAAACAAAAUGGUUCUGAGUGAGAAUAAAUGUGGCUUCUUUUAUGUCCUCAUGCUCCUCUAAAUCAAUGGAAAUAUUUAUACACAAUGAAAUGACAUGAGGGUUAAAUUAUUAUUAUUAUUUUGUAAUCAGAGAAUAGAAAAGAAUGAGACCUGUUUAAUUUAUUUAGUCCUGCGGCUCAGUCUAUUUCUACGAACCAUUAUAACUUAACUUUCUGUACAUUCCUAAAAUCUCUUAAAUCAUAGAAAUCACACAGGGAUUUUAUAUAGAAAUUUGUCUUCUGCUUGUCUUGUAAAAGAAAAUGAAAAUAUUUUAUAUGCGUCGUAUAUCUCUUAUGCACCAUAGAGUAAAAAAAUAAAACAAAGCAUGUAGGGUCUUACAUACUUUGUGUGUAUCAUGGAUUCUAGGAUUUUCUUUUUGAUUAAAUACUGACAUCAUGAAAACUA